AUGCCGGUUCGUUCAAUGUUUGUGGACGUAGCGCACGGGUCAGCCCUGGUCAGUUACAAUGCUGGGAUCAGCGCGUGCGAGAAGGGCGAAAAGUGGCAGGGUGCUCUGGCGCUUCUCAGAGAGAUGUGGGAGUCGAAACUGGAACCCAAUGUCAUCAGCUACAGCGCUGGGAUCAGCGCGUGCGGGAAGGGCGAGCAGUGGCAGCGGGCGCUCGCGCUGCUCAGUGAGAUUUGUGUGGCGAAGUUGGAGCCCAACGUCAUCAGUUUCAGCGCUGGGAUCAGCGCGUGCGAGAAGGGCAAGCAGUGGCAGCAUGCUCUGGCGCUGCUCAGCGAGAUGGGGGAGGCAAAGCUGGAGCCCGACGUCAUCUAUACUUACAGUGCCGCGACCAGCGCGUGCGAGAAGGGCGAGCAGUGGCAGCAGGCCCUGGCGGUGCUCCUCCAGAUGCGGGCGGCGAAGCUGGAGCCCAACGCCUUCCUUUCAGCUACAACGCGGGUAUCAGCGCCUGCGAAAAAGGCAAACGGUGGCAGCAGGCUCUAG